CGUGACCGCCGCGGGCCGCCGUGGACUUUUCUAACGCCCACUGCGGGCUGCACGGAGCGCCCCGCGGCGGAGUCCACAGGACCUCUGCCCCGGACUGCGUGAAGGCUCCGUCAUGGCGCUGGCCGGAGUCCGAGUCAUCGAGCUGGCCGGCCUGGCCCCGGCGCCGUUCUGCGGGAUGAUCCUGGCGGACUUCGGAGCCAAGGUGAUCCGUGUGGACCGGACCAAGGUCGGCGUGUCCCUGGACCGGCAGGCCCGGGGGAAGCGGUCGGUGGCCAUCAACCUGAAGAGCGCCGCGGGCGUGGCUCUGCUCCGGAAGCUGUGUCUGCAGUCCGACGUGGUGCUGGAACCCUACCGCAGAGGUGUGAUGGAGAAGCUGGGUCUGGGUCCCAACGAGCUGCUGAAGGAAAACCCCCGCCUGAUCUACGCCCGGCUGACGGGGUACGGCCAGACCGGGAGCUACGCCGCCGCCGCCGGCCACGACAUCAACUACCUCGCCAUGUCAGGUCUUCUGUCCCGGCUGGGGCGCAGCGGCGAGGAGCCCUACGCGCCGCUCAACCUGCUGGCGGACUUUGCGGGCGGCGGGCUGACGUGCGCGAUGGGGAUCCUGCUGGCGCUGCUGGAGAGGACCAGGUCGGGGAAAGGGCAGGUGAUCGACGCCAGCAUGGUGGAAGGAGCAGCGUACACGGGCUCGUUUGUGUGGAAGUCUCAGGGGACGGGGCUGUGGGGCCGUCCUCGAGGCCAGAACCUGCUGGACAGCGGCGCGCCCUUCUACGACACGUACCGGACCUCGGACGGGCGCCACAUGGCGGUGGGCGCCCUGGAGCCGCAGUUCUACGCCCAGCUGCUCCACGGUUUGGAGUUGGCAGAAGCAGACCUGCCCGCCCAGAUGAGCGUCUCCGAUUGGCCGGAGCUCCGGCGGGUCUUCACGGAGCGCUUCGCCUCCAAGACGCAGGCGGAGUGGUCGGAGGUGUUCGACGGGACGGACGCCUGCGUCACGCCCGUGCUGUCCUUCGACGACGUGAGCUCCCACCCCCACAACCGGGACCGGGGCUCCUUUCUGAGGGACCGCGACGGGCAGGAGAGCCCUCGGCCCGCCCCCCUUCUGUGCCGGACCCCCGCCCGGCCCUGCCUCGCCCCCGACCCCGCCGUGGGGGAGCACACGGUCCAGGUCCUGCAGGAGUACGGCUUCACGGCGGCAGAGAUCGAGCAGAUGCUGGCAGCCGGGGUCGUGGAGCGCCCCGGUGUCGCCUCAAAGCUGUAGAGAAACCAGGCUCCUCAGAGACCAGGGUCCGGAUGAGAGCAGAUCAAGCAGGACCAGCGUGAAGCCACAGCUCAUUAACUGUGAGGACGGCCACUAAAUCACAUGGUUCAGACGAAACCAAAGGUUCAGCUGGUUUUCUGUACGCAAGGUGAAAUGCUGAAAGUCUUCAUGUCAGACUUUUAACUGUGAAUUAAAGGUUUCUGUGGG